GACUGUUUUUUUUUCAUUUAUUUUUUUGUACUCUGUGUGUUGUCAUUUCUUCAAUUUAUUACAAUAAAGUGUUUAUUUCUUUAUAAAAAUUAUCAAAUUCAAAAAAUAUAUUACCAGUUAAACAAUUAAUUAUAUAACAGCAAGCUUUAUAUCAUGAAUUUAAUAUGUUCUCGCCUGCACUUAAACUAAAGGAAACCAAUGAGAAGAAUUUGUCUAUCAAUUAAGACUUAAUUUAUGUCGCACCUAUUUAAAAAUGUAGUGAUUUGAUUACCUGCUAAUUAGUGAAUUUUGUUUUUUAACUUUUUGUUGUGGAAAUGCAUAUAAUUUGUUGGUAUUUCAAGCAAUAAAAUUACUAUAUAUCAUUUGUAAUGUUGUGAAUUGUAGUGAAAAUCUAAAGAAAAAGUCUCCAAAUCCAAAUCGAAACGAUACGAACACGAAGUUUCUCUACUUUCACCACUUUCUAAAUUGAAUCUCGCCCCUUUGUGUCGCGCCGCGCCGUGCCGUGCCACCUGACGCUGAAGUUGAAGCUAAAGCUGACGCUGACGCCUCAAGCCCAAUAAAACGCACUUAUUAUUCGUUUUUCAUCAGCGAACAGCAAACCACGAUCCACAAACACAAGAAGAGCUUAAGCUAGAGCUGAAAGCUGAAGCCAGAGCCGUAGUCGUACGCGUAGCCGUAGCCAGAGACUUGUUGGAUACACAUCGUAAAAAUGAGUUUUUCUUCUUUUCCAACUCAUUACGCUACCAACAUAUCAACGAAUCCAGUCGGUCAAUUUGCAACUUCUAAGUUCACACCUAACAUACCUCAGUUUAUUUCAGCGCCCGAUGGAAGUCUACAUUAUGUUCGUAAUGAGAGUAACACCUUUGUUGCUCCAAAUAUUCCUCAACAAGGAACAACAAAUGAACAACAAAUACAACCAUUGCUUACAAUUCCUAUAACAGUACCUGGAGCUAAACCUGGCGAUGCUCAACAAAUAGUACAUAUUCAAGUUCUUAAUCCGAACAUAAAUAUUACUCCGGUUCACCAGGUGCCAUCAAAAUAUCAAAUGGGACCGAUGCAAUUACCAGUACAAAACCAACAGCCUACAGGUACUACAGUUCUUACUGUAGCAUACAGCCCUCAAGACAAUAAAUUCUUAACAAAUCAUGCGUUUCCCGAGAAUAUGACAGUUGUGGCAGCUGUUCAACCGCAAGAUUUACACCUUUUAGCACAAGCUCAAAUUGCACAAACACCUACAAAUAAACCAAUGGAUCAACCUGCCCUACAUUCGAACGAGCAAUAUAGCGAAAGUAUCACUAUCAAACAAGAACCAUCAAACGAAUGGGAAAAUGUUACAGUAGCACCAACAAAUCAAACUAAUAAUGGAAACUUUCAACAGCAACAAAAUAAUAAUAAUUGUACUACGCAGUCUUCAUCUGUGCCUUUGAAUUUACAACCUUAUUUAAAAUUCAACUCGACUCCAGUCAAAUUUGAAUCUGUUGAACAAACACCUGAAGAACCAGUGAAACCCAAGCGAAAAAGAAAAACUAAAAAAAAGCCACCAAAAGAGAAGACUCCAAAACCUGGACAGGUCUUAAUUGCAAAAGCCUCCGAUGGAACUACGUUAUUUUGUUGUCCUGAGUGCCAAAUGGCUUAUCCAGAAAAAGAAAAUCUCGAACAACAUUUGACUGAACAUAAAAUUGAAAGGAGAUAUAUUUGCGACAUUUGUGGAGCUGGUUUAAAACGUAAAGAACACUUGGAAAGGCAUAAAUCUGGCCAUAAUCCCGACCGGCCAUAUAUAUGCAGUAUUUGUUUAAAAGGCUUUAAAAGAAAGGAACAUUUAAAUUUACAUUUUGUUAUACAUAGCGGAGAAAAGAAUGAGAUUUGUGGAGAAUGUGGGAAAGGUUUCUAUAGAAAAGACCAUUUAAGGAAACACGCCAAUUCACAUGCAGCAAAACGAAUAAAAGAAGAACUUAACGCAAAAUCCAUAAGUUCACUAAGUGAUAUUGAAUUGACAAUACAAAACCAAAUUAAUUCAGCGCCGGAAAUUGUCACUGACAACAAUAAUUGUUCAAUAUCAAUAUCGUUAGAUGUCGAUAUGUCUGAUAAACAAACAGAUACGCAAACAAUAACUUUGCCGCAUUAGUUUACAACAACAAAAAAAUGAUUAUCUUCUUGUUUUAUACCUAUGUAAUAAAAUAUGGUUUGGGAUCAUUGUAAUUUAAAUUUAGAGAUCAAUAAUAUAUAUUUAUUUUUUAUUAGGAACAAUUUAUACAACAAACAAACAACAACAAAAAAAACGUUAUUCAAUACGCUUGAGUGUUAUAAUUUUAAGCAAUAAACAAAAUUAUUGUUAUAUUUCCGGGUCAAGCAAUUAAACAGCUGGUCUGAGAAAAACGGUACGGUUAAGUCUACGACUCUACAGUGCUUCCGUUUCUUUUUUGUAAGCAAUUUUAAUAUAGUUUUAUUAAUUCCUUAACCAUUGCUUAAUUCUAACUCAAAAUUACAUUCCAAAAAAGAUAACAAUUCAUAUAAAAUAAUAAUAAUUUACGCAUGCGCAGCUCAUAGUUUACACAAAAACAAAGUUUUUAAUUUAUUCUCUGAGAAUUACAUAAACGAGUAUAUUGAAAAUAAAAGUUUUGUGUUUAUAUUUGUAACUGUCCUUUAAUUACAUAAAGGUUGUAUUUAUUCUUAAAACCUUAGAAGUUUCUUUUGUUAACUUUUUUGUUUUAAAUAUGAACUAAUUUUAAACUGCACAUUCCUUUUGUUAAUUUUUUUUUUAAACAAACUCAAUGAAGCAAUACAAAACAAUUUGUUACAUAUCUUAAUAAAUAUUAACAAAACUUUAUUAUGAUAGUUUAUGUGCCUAAAAACAAAUGUUGGGUAUAAUACAUGAUGAUGACACAAAUUGAAAACAAUUAGAAUUUCUUUUACAAAAUGUAAAACAGAAACUUUAAAACAAAACAAAAUAUAUUUUUCUACUAAAUGAUAGUGUAUAUCUGAAGAAUGAAUUUAUAAAUUAUAAACAAAACAAAUCGAAUGGAUCUUACAGAGAACGAAUAAAUUUUUAAAUAAAUUGGAUUUAUUUUUGAGGCAAGUGGUUAAACUACUAAAUCUAUCAUUGUAUAACAUGACAAAUCGUUUUAUUUUCCCCUUUUCUAAUUUAUAUUGUUACUGUAGUAGAGAAAUUAAGUAUUAUUUUAUUUAUAGUCGUUUUAAUAAUAAAAGCAACUUGAAGCA